GCAGAAAGGACAGAUCAGUAAUGUCAUAUCGCCCUUGGCAUCUAUAUUAUAAGCGUAAUCAGCCCUCUGUCAGAUUACACCAUUUUGAGAUUAAGGCUGUGUCUGAAAUGACACAAUGGUGGUUUGAUCUAUGGACACAAGUUCACAACCCACCCAACUAUUUCUCAAAACAGUCUGGCUUUCGCACGUCUCUGACAUUACCUCAGUGCAGCCACACCAAGAACACGCACACGACCUCAGCCUCAAUGACUUCAAAAAAGUGCAUGAAAGGGCUGUUCUUUAAUAGUUUUCGCUACCAAUGUCAGACGUGCGAUUCUAAAUACGACAUCAAAAAAGGUUACGAAUUUGCCGACAACUGCGGAUGGUCCGACGAGCAACAGCAGAUCGAGUCGCCUUACAGACCAUGCAGAGAUGGGACAUUUAACGAUGGAUCAAAAGUCGAGUGCCAAAACUGUAGAUUUUGCCCAGAGCCACGGUUUGUUGCGUCUCCGUGUAAAAGCACUUCGGAUACCAUCUGCUGUAAACAAGGAGAGCAGUAUUUUAAUGGAAGUUGUAUCCCCGAGCCGCCGAAGACCACAAGGAUAACGACUACAAGUAGGGCUAUCAACAUUACCUCAGUCACCAGCUCCAGCCCCUCUUCAGGCCCCUCUUCGGAACCCUUUCCAAGCUCGCAAAACCCUGUUCCAACACUUCAAAGCUUUGGCUUCAAUAACUCUUCAAGUGCAGGGCCUCAUUCAUAUUUCAUUGGGAUCUAUGUGUUUUGUGGAAUUUUAUCAACACUCGCUCUGGUGUGUGUCUUCCUUUUGUUCAGGAGGAACACUAAACAUUUUAAUAAAGAUCUAAAAAAAUGCUGUAAUGGAGCAAGUCAUGAAAGCCUGUCCAAAAUGAGCAUUGCUAGAUAUAAACAGAGCGUCUCAUACAGCAUCAUCAACGAUGGCAAUAAUGAUAAUGUAACGGGAUCGUCACGCUUAGCCCCUGAGGUCCAGAAUGCACCUCUGAAAACGGUGCUGAACAACUUGGAUGUUCUUGAGGAGCUCGUGGUGAUAUUAGACCCGGACAUUUCUGGCGCCAAGAACACUCGGCACCUUGCUGCCCAGUGCUCUUUUUCAUUUGCCUGGAUAAAUUAUGCAUAUUCCAUGAAGGACCACAAGAGCCCCCUUGUUGCCGUUUUGGAGGGCGUCGUCACCAAGAACCCAGACUGGACUGUCGGCCACCUCGUCGAGCUGCUAACUGCUAUUGGCCGUAACGAUGCAAUGGAGAUUUUGGCAAAGCUUCCUGCGCAAAUCACAGAUCAGUAAAUUUACUUUAACUCGAUUGUUGAACACAAUCUCAUAAGAAUUCGUGAAUUUCACUGACACACACACACUUAUAAGUGACGGGAGGAGCAAACGUCAGUGUGCUCUGCAUUUACCUGACGAGGCUUGAUUCACGUCAGGUGUUCCUCAUCCCACGCCCCUCCUCUCACACGCACCCAGUCCUUUUGGGAGCCUGGUGAAGGGUGACAGUUGUUGAAGUACGCAGUGCUUGAAUCAUGCAUUUAGAUUGACUGACUGUCUUGGGAAAAAAAAAAAAAAAAAAACACAAUCUAAACAGUUCACAGUGGAAAACAUAUGUCUGGACUCAGCUUGGGAAUUUCCCCUAACGUUUUCUAUUACAUCCUACUUCACCCAGUACGACACAUUUAGCCUUAUAUAGCCAAUAUGAAACGCAACACUGCCUAACACUAUUUACAUUCAACAAGUUUAAUUUGUUCCUUUCUUUUCCUCCCUAAACAUUCCAUUUUUUAUUACUGGAUUUCAUAACCCAGAAGUGUCUUUUUCUUCUAAUGUUUUUUUAUAAGUGCCAUAAAUCAAAAGUUAGCAAACCAAUAUUGCAAUUACUCAAUAUCUUGACUGGCUUUGUUUACAAAUCCUUUCUGAAAGCAGUGCAUCAUUAGUACACCAUUUUUUUUGUAUAGUCAGCAUAAAUAUCACAAUAAACCUUGAACUUUGUUCAAA